GAGGUUACUGUGCAAUAUUUUGGGCGUGGAGCGCUGUGUUUUUACAAUACUGCUUUGCCGCUUCUUAGUGCUGUCCACUUCAGCACCAGGCAGGAUAACAGUCGGCUCGAACUUUGGAAUCCAGGACCACGAACAAAACCUUCACAAGAGGACGGCACCGCUAAGCGUCACACGGUGUCCGAAAUACAUAAACCAUCACCGCAGUCAGCCGUCCUACAACUCCGUUAUUCACGAGAGAGAGAAGAAUAAGAGCGUUGUGGCCAUGUACGAUGGGGCGAGGGUAGCUUCCCCCCAGGACAGUGUCAACGGUGUACCCCCUGCUGCCGUGAACCUGGCAGGAACAGAUGCGGGGUCAGGUGGGUCAGCGUCAGUGCCCACCCUGGCCGUGCAGCCCAAGCCAGAAGAAGAGGAGGGGCCUGAGGUGGAAGAGGAGGAGCCCAGACCAGAGCCUGUCCUGGUGAAGAAGGCCCAUAGGGAGAUCCUAGACCAUGAAAGGAAGAGGAGGGUGGAGCUGAAGUGCAUGGAGCUGCAGGAGAUGAUGGAGGAACAAGGGUACUCUGAGGAGGAGAUCAGGCAGAAGGUCGGCACCUUCAGACAGAUGCUGAUGGAGAAAGAGGGGGUAAUCACCAGAGUGGGAGCACACACACGCCCACCGGUCAAACACAUGGUCCAUGGAGAGCAUGGUGAGGAGCAGACCGACCCAGCCCUGGCUGAAGGUUACCAGGAGGACGCAGACUGGCAUGGAGACUACUACGAUAAAGACGGUUAUAGAAUGAAGAGGAAAUCUAGCAGCUCUCCAUCUCCUCGACCAAAGAAGAGGAAGAAAAAGAAAUCUGGACGCAGAAGGAGUCGGUUCGAUAGCUCCUCUCCCUCCCGCAGAGAGAAGAAGAAGAAAAGUGGAAAGGAACACAAGCGAGACAGGUCGACGUCUGGUUCCAGGAGAAAGAGGAGAUACAGAUCCGGUAGCCCAAAGAACAAACAGAAAGACAAGAACAAAACCAGAAAGAGGUCCCCAGUAGAGUCCCCCAGUAGGAGGUCUCAGCGUAGAGGCAGCUGCUGUAGUUCCCGCAGUGCAUCACACUCCUCCACAGGCCACAGCCCCUCCAAGUCCCCCAGCAGGCCCAACUCCAAGCACAAGACAGAUGGACACAAGGCCUGUGUGAGCCCGUCCCCGUCUCCCAGUCCUGGCGGUCCUGACGGUCCUGUCACGUGGCACAACGGGCACCACCACCAAGACCACGCCCGCAACGGCAAAGCCGGCAGACUCAACCACAACCACGUGGCCGAGGGCAACAAAGGGCAAGAUAAGCUGAGAAUGCUGACUGCUGCUACUCCGGGAGAUCAGUCGACCAUGAUGCAGCCUCAGCUGAGAGGAGGAGAGCACAAGACCCACAAUGCCCUUUACAGGACCCCAGGAGGAGGUUCUGCAAUCCAGGCUGGAGAGGCCCUACAAGGAGAGGAAAGGCAGACGAUAGGGUCGUCGGGCAGACGGGGAGGUCACAGAGGUCACAGAGCUCAUGGGAAGAGCUCCCAUUCGCCAGCUCACAGCAGUGACUCCGCCCACUCUCAACGUAACCUGCAUCCUCACAGAGGAAAAAGCUCUCACCGGAAGAAGACUAAAGGGGGCCACUCGUCCAAGCGGCACCACCAUGGGGUUCGGGGACAGGCACAUCACCAGAGCCAGUCUGGCUCCCCGGGGCGGCACCGCCACACAUCUGGGUCAGGCAGGAAGAAGAGUGAGUCUCGGGGGCGCGGUAGCUUUGGGGUCCGACAGCGUAGCAGCUCCUGGAGCUCCGGACGCUCUUCAUCACGCUCCGGCUCCAGAGAGAGAGGCCCCAGCAAGGCCAAGUCCCCCCACCCCCAUGCCAGACAGAACAACUCCAGGGAGAGAGACAGCCCUCACCACUCUGAUGCUGACCGUGCUCGCCGUCGCUCCAGGAGCUAUUCUCCCAUCAGGAAGAGGAGACGAGACUCUCCCAGCUUCAUGGAGGCUCGCAGGAUCACCAGCGCUCGGAAGCGGCCUAUCCCGUACUACCGUCCAAGCCCCUCCUCCUCCAGCUCCAUGUCUAGCCCCUCCCACUCGGAGAGGAGUCGCAGCCAUGACAGCUACAGCAGCUACAGCCGCAGUCACAGCCGCACCAGGAGCCACAGCCGCUCCCGCAGCCGCAACCACAGCUACUACAGUCGCAGCAGCUACGAGAGCCCCGGCUUCUGAGGAGAGAGAGACAGAGAAAGAAAGGGUGGGGGGAGAAAGAGAGCGAGCGAGGGGGUUAGAGAGAGAAACAGAGAGGGAAAUAGAGAGAAAGAUAAGAUAAAUGAUGUUAUGUAUUCUUAUGUCCCUGAAUGGUUCAAACACGGCCAGACCUCUGGUCCAUUUUUACCCUCGGUCUCCAUCUCUGUAUACUUCACGUUAACCCGCGUUAACCCGCAAGUAUGGGUGGCUGCUGCCCAUUAUGGCGACCGGAGUAUGGGCAUUGGGUGAAAAGAAAGCGAAUAAUCUAAUUGGGCAGAUUUGUUGCCACUCAAGACCGUUUUGCGUGGCUGAUUGGGCUGCACGAUGAGUCAACCAGUGCACCGGUGUUGUAUCAACAUGCCUGCUGACUUGAAGUGCUUCCUACUGGGUAUCACGGUCGUGUCGCUGGCGGUAUCUUACGUGGAAAUUUUUUCACUAACGUGAUUUUAUUUCAAGUAGUAUAGCAGCCUUCACAAGAAAUAGCUAAUAUUGAUAACCAUCUAGAUGUCACCUUGAUACAGUCUACUACUCAAUGGGAAGGGCAUGAACGUCAAGAACACCGCGACACCACUACCUAGUAGGCAAUAUCAGGGUGACAGUCACAGUAAGCACACGUGUACAACGCAUGAAGCAACAGUACACCCAUCAUCAAUACCUUUAAUCUAAAAUAAACAAUCGUCAGUUUUCUAACUGAAAAUGUACAAUUAUUUGUGUAAAACUAACAGUGAAAUACAACUCAGACUCAAGCAGAAGUCCAAACUCUCGCGGUAUGGUAGGUCAGUGUACGGCAGUUGCGGGUAAGAAACGGAACCAAAAAAAAACGGCUCAGUCAAAACAUUCUAACCUAUAGCAGAGCGAUUUCGACACACCCACUCCUUUCCACACGCCCACUACUUUCCUUUCGACACACCCACUCCUUUCCACACGCCCACUACUUUCCUUUCGACACACCCACUCCUUUCCACACGCCGACUACUUUCCUUUCAACACACCCACUCCUUUCCACACGCCCACUACUUUCCUUUCGACACACCCACUCCUUUCCACACGCCCACUACUUUCCUUUCGACACACCCACUCCUUUCCACACGCCCACUACUUUCCUUUCGACACACCCAGUCCUUUCCACACGCCCACUACUUUCCUUUCGACACCCCCACUCGCCCAUACUCCGGUCGCUUUAUUGCUACCCCUUUCUCUUAACCCGAGCCUGGAUCAAUGGAAGGAAGAGGGAGGUUUUUAAUAUUAUAGCACAUUCAUUUGAAAUAUCGAUUUUUUUUUUUUCACAGGUGGGAAGAAGGAAGAAAAAAAAAAUAGAUAUUUCAAAUGAAUGUGCUAUAAUAUUAAAUGCAACACACUGGCAAUUAUUUAAAAUAAAAUUUCUCGGAUCAUGGUUUUAGAAAAUAAAUGAUAAAGCCUAAAGAACAAGUCUGUUAGCACUUUCUCCAUAAUCUUCCACGGAGCAAAAGUAACCAGAAAAUAAAGUUGUUAUUUUAUUUGAUAUAUUCUAGCAUUGGGACACUUCAUGAGUUUGUGGAAGAAGAGGAAAAUAAGAGACACAAAUGGAAAAGAAGUCAAAUUAAAUCAAACAGUACUGGGCCAUUUUUUCUCCAAUGUCAUUACAUCAUUUCCCCAAAGACACUAAUGCUCUAUUUUAGGAACUUGAGAGAUCAAGAGAAGCGAUAAAGAACAAAACAAAAGUCGGCUGACAAUUUAGCACACAGAAGGGAACUGAUAUAUGUUUUGCUUAAAGGUUGUAGCAUAUAUGUCAGGAUAUAUAAAUGAUUCUAAACUGUAAGUUCUGGCUUGUAAACUAUGCACUGUAUAUUCCAUGUGAUUUUGAAGAGGCUUGUUAUUUGAUGGUGACUUAGUAUGAUGAUGCACCAGGAAGGAGGAAGGCUGCUGCUUGUACCAGAGAGCCCUGCUGGCUGCCACUACAGGUCCCAGGGUGCAUCUGUCACGGACACUACAGUACUACAGGUCCCAGGGUGCAUCUGUCCCUGUCACUAAAGUACUACAGCUCCCAGGGUGAAUCUGUCAUCUCUCCGCCCAUUCUGAUCUGUAUUGUAUGUGACAUACCGGACCUGUAAUUACACACAAAGGCAAGAAGGGAUAUAAAAAACAAUGUAUUAUGAUGUACUUUUCCUCUCUUCCCUAUUCCACUAUUUAUUGUGUUCAAACUAUUAAAGCUGCAAUAUGUACAUUUUGGGGCGGCCUGACCAAAUACACAUAGAAAUGUGAGUUAUAGAUCUGUCAUUCUCAUUGAAAGCUUGUCUAAGAACCAGUAGAUCUGUUCUAUGUGCGCUAUUUCUAUUAUUCCCGUUCUUAGGUUUCGUUUUUGCAUCUUUUACUUUCGGUUUGUACACCAGCUUCAAACGGCUGAAAAUACAAUGUUUUGGGUUAUUGACAAUAUAUUUCACAGCGGUUUAGCUGUUACAAUGAUUCUCUACACUAUGCAUUGCGUGUUUUGUCACAUAAACUGAAAUUAGUCGAACUAUUAGAAUUUCUGCAUACUGCACCUUUAAUGUAGAUACUACUGUACCUCUUCUGCAAUGACCAAUGAGGUGAAGUCGCUCUGUAAAGAUGCCCUUUCUUAAGAUACUUCAGAAACCUUCUGCAAAAGCAUCCAUGUAUUCUUGUGGUUCUAUAUUUUAUCCACAGCUCUUUAUUACAUUAUUUAUUCCAAUUAUCUAUUAAGUUAUUUAUUGUUUAUUUAUUUGAUUAUUUAUUUGUUUUGUCUCAUCAAAUGUUUUUAAAGUAAUUUGAAGAAUCGUGUCAUUGAGAUACUAAUAUAUCAUGGGAGAAUUGCUGCAAAUGUAUGUAUUCUCAUCUUUGAAUAUACAGUAUGCCCAUUGAUGUUUUAACCCAAAUCCUUUUUAUUUGUGAUGAAAGCUUCUGCUUCCUUUAAGAAUAGGGGAGGGAGCUGAGUUGGCGGUAGCUUGUUUCUAUGGCGGUGUUCCCUUACCUGAUGUAUUUUAUAAUGCUCUUACACAGGGUUCAUUACAGUAAUGGAACAGUCCACAGAGACCAUGUAUUAAAAGUUUGUGUUGAUGCAAUCUGUUAUUCUUCUGCCUGUCUGUUUCCUGGUGCAGGGGAUACAUAGUUAAAGUUACGUAGAGGGGCUGUUACUCUGCAGGGCUCCAAAGGUCCACUUCUACCAACUCCUUCUGUCCAAAACGUUGAUCAGGCCUGGAUUAUCUCCCUCCAGACAUAGACGUGUUGAUUGGGCUAGUUUGUUGUUGGUCUAACCAAUCACAUUGCCCCUACUGUAACAGGCUGGCCCUAUCCCCUGCACCCUGCUUCUACCAGAGGUGUCCUAGUAACUGGCUCUGACCUGGCAUGAGGUCUCAGACAGAGGGUCUACUCAUUUUGCAAGCCGGUGGUCAGCUAAACUACGUACGCAGCAAAUGCCCCUGCUUUCAAAACGCUGGAACCCAGACACAGGUAGUCCCACAAGAAGCCCAUCAUGUACCCUGCCUCAGUUUAUUACUCUGUGCUGAUAGGACAGCUGCUGGUGAUGAUGCAAUCAGGGAACCCCUUCAGUCUUCCUUCCCAUUCGUCAAGCCUCCUGUCACUCAUGCAGUGUUACAUUAAAAAUGUAACCAGAGUUACUGUAACCUAGUAUGAUAUUAAACAAAACCUGUUCCGAUAUUAAGAGUACAGCGCUAAACCUUUGGAUUGUAUAAAAGUAAUUUAGUUGUAGUGUAAAAGUUAUUAUACAGGACAAUAAAUAUAAACCAAAAAUGA